AUGAUUGACCAACCAGCCGUGACAGAGGACAUACUAACGGAUGAAGGUAUUAUCAAAAUGGCUAUUGAGGCAUUAGAGAAAGUUAUAAGAUACCAAGAAGGCCUUGAUGUUGAAAAAGGGUUCGAUGAGAAUGGAUUAAUU